UUGAAAUUUAUGCUUGUUUCUUCCAAUUAUCUUACUUGUUUUUCUUUAAAAUAAAACAAUUGAGUUCUUUGUUAAAUUCCAAAAACAAAAGCUACUUUUUUUUUUUAUUUUGAAACUUGACUUGGGUUUUACAACUGUAAUAGAAAAUUGAUAACAAAAUAAAGGAACCUAUAGGUGGAAGUUGUGUUUAUAAGCUUAAAUUUAAACCAAAUGGUUAUCAAACAAGACCUAAGUUCUCAACCUUAGGUCUUCCAAAUGAGAUAAGUUGUGUUUCUUCCAAAUGAGAUAAGUUUUCAACCUUAGGUUUGAAACUCGAACUUUGGAGGGUGCCUCCAAACAUCUCCAAGGCCUUUUCAUUGGAGUUAAUGAACUUGUACUUAGAGCAUUGAUGUAACUUUUCGAGUAUCAAUGAAAAGUUUGUCUCUUUUUCCUAAAAAAGAUAACUUAAAAGGAUAACUGAUAUGGAAUGUUUGGUUUUUCAGUUGUCUGGAGUGCUAUAUUACAUGUUCUUGCUUGUUUGUCAAACUAAGAUCUAUUUUAUUGAUUAAAGGGACUUCUUUCCUCUUGGAAUUAGUUUUUUAAUUGCUCCUCUAUCUUAACUUAGGAAAAUAGGGUGGGACAUAAACAUCUAUAAUUCUUAGUUCUUAUGUUGGACCUAUAGCAUUAUGCUCAAAAUAAACUUCCCAAAAGAAUAAACAGUUGCAACUUUUCUACAGCAGUUGAAGUUUCUAAGGGCCCAAAAAGGUGAAAAGCUCCAAGGGCCCAAACCUUUAGUUUCUUUACUUCCUGAACAAUUGGAUGGAGUUUGCCCACUCUAAAGCCAAUUUUAGAAAAACAACGAUUUUAAAUAAGUAUUUUUCUUUUACCUAGAAAUUCAUCUCCAAGAAUCUCAUCAUUCCAUGGGAUUUAAAUUCCAGGAGUUUCAAAGUUUCUAUUUUUUCUCUAUUUUCUGCUAAUAUGUAUGAAUAUAUUAUGCUGGGAAACAAUCUGAAUUCCAAUGGAUGUUGAUCGCUGCAGCAACAAAACUGACCUACAUAGUGAAUGGGAGAUCAUUUUGGGCUGUUGGUGGAUCAGUUGCUCACUGAAUCAAACCUUGAAGCUACUAUUGAGAGAAAAAACAGAAUUUGUCACCCUAUGGCCUCAACAAAUGCAAAUGCAGAUAAUAUGAUAUCUUCGUCAAACAUUGAUGUCGAAUCUGUGUCACCUUCAAGUAUUGUUCAGUGCAGAAUUUGUCAUGAUGAGGAUGAUGGCUCAAAAAUGGAGACACCAUGCUCUUGCUGUGGCAGCUUGAAGUAUGCUCAUCGCAAGUGCAUCCAGCGGUGGUGCAAUGAGAAAGGCGAUACAAUCUGUGAGAUUUGCCACCAGGACUUUAAGCCAGGGUAUACCUCACCUCCCCCUGUAUUUUAUUAUGGAGAUAUUAAUUCACCAAUACAUUUCAGGGGAAGUUGGGAGAUGUCUAGACUGAACCUGCAUGUACCUGCAGGUAUGCCUGACCACGAGUAUCUUGAUUCUGACUUUGAUGAUUUUUUCGCUCCCUCUCCAAGAAGCAUAUUGUGCUGCCGUGUGGUUGCAGUAAUUUUUAUUGCUCUUCUCGUUUUACGCCAUACUCUACCAAUUGUAAUUAGUGGUGCUGGAGGGUAUUCAUGGACAUUGUUAAUGUUGCUGAUCUUGAGAAUUGUUGGGAUUCUUCUACCAAUAUACGUCAUGGUUAAGGCAUUUACUUACAUUCAACGACGGCAUCGUUAUCAGGCUCCCCGUCUUCAACUCACAACAUUAGGUGACAAUAGUGAAUCGACAAACCAUUCUCAAUCGCACUUAAUCCACUUGAGAUAACAGUACAUUGGCCUGGUCCCUCGUAUAGUGGAAACGAUGAGAUGGAAAAUGGCUGGAUAAAUUGCGUAGGUCACCAAACGCCUUUCACUGUGAGGAAGUUGUGAGUGACAAGCUGUUUAUGGUUCUUGCAGCAAGACGAUCACGACCAACCGAUUAUUUUCUCAAAUGAAGUUCACAUCUGUGCAGAAGCAGCAGUAAGUUAUUUGGUUAAAAUCUAACUUUUUAUUCCAUGUAAUCGUUGGCUCACUGUUUAAUGUAUAAAGUGUGUAAUCGUUAGAAAGUUUGGAUUUGAUUUGUAUAAAAUCAGUAUUGCUUUCAAGGAUGGAUAUGUGUUUAUUAGUUUUUUUU